AUAGCUGUCCUCCUCAUGUGACACCCUGCUAAGGUUUCAUGGAAGAAAGUGGAGACACCGUCUGCCAACUUGUAUUCUUGGAGGUUCUCUGCCACUGCUGCACCUUGAGAGAGAAGAACAUUAUUGAAAAUAAGUCAUGCAGUGCUUUCUGUCCAAGCUAACAACGCACCAGUGGUGCUUCCUCCUCUUCAAUGUGCUGCUUUUCCAUGCGCUGUUGUUUGGCGCUGACUUUGUAGAGGAGUAUCUUCUUCAGCCUACACCCGGACUGUACAUCGACGACCAUGUUAUGGACGUAAGGGAGAAAGCGAGGAAAUUGGAUCUGAGCAACGUCAGGGAAAAUGUAUCCCAAGCAUACCCGAUCUCCAACUGUGACGCCUGCACAGCAUCUGACAUCUUCCUGCUUGCGCUAAUCUUCAGCUCCCCUCUUAAUAUUUCUCAAAGAGAUGCGAUCAGGAGGACAUGGGCCAAUCAAACACGAGUGCAAGGUGUUUCAUUGCGGGUUCUUUUCCUCAUAGGCUCGUCUCACACGUCUUCUCUGCGUGAGGCUCUUAUGGUAGAGUCUGGCCUCCACAAGGACAUGGUCCAAGUCCAGGCAGUGACUGACUCAUCCAUGCUUGACCCGAUAGAAAGAACCGUGCUGGCACUCCGCUGGGUCAUCACCUUUUGUCCCAAGGCACGCUUUGUUCUCCUGACGCAUGAGAAUGUGUUUGUGAACAUCCCUGCCAUCGGAGGCUACCUGCUCGGGUUACACAGGCACCCUGAGGACCUCUAUCUGGGACGAGUGAUCCAUGGUGAGUUCCCUGACAGGAACCCCUCCAGCCCUGGCUACAUUCCUCCGGGCCUCUACUCCGGCAAGUACUUACCUGACUACUGCGACGGGACAUCCUAUGUUCUGUCUCAAGACGUGGUCCGAAAAGUGUACGUAGCAUCCGCAUUGAUUCGUGCGCCCGUGUCUGCGGAUGUCUUUCUGGGUUUUUGUGCUCAGAAGGCUGGCGUGGUGCCGACCCACAACACUCGGUUCUCAGGACGGAAACACAUCCGCUACAAUGCUUGCUGCUAUCGUUACCUGUUCAGCUCCGCAGAAAUGACGCGGCAGGAGCUAGAGAGGGUGUGGUCGGACUUGGGACAGAAGGCAGAUGGGAAAUGCUCCAUUUUCCGGACCUACUAUGGCCUUGUGACCUGCAAGGCACUCACGUACCUCGAUACGCUGUCUCUCCUCAACCCUUAAGGCAAAGUAGUCCAAGUGCAAUACAACACAAUACAAACUAGAAAAAUGUCCACUGAAAGUUUGAAUGGGCCUGCCUGUUGCUUACCUUUGUCCCGUCAUUGUAUCCUUGCGGGUUGCUUGCGUAUUAUAUCCACGAUAUGGCCUGAAGCAUGUUUCCCAAUAAUGUGUCCGCUUUCAAUUUUGGUCAUCGGUUAUGUUGCCAUGGUUACACAAACUGUUACUAAAUAUAAAUAGAGCUCUGCCACCCAUCGAGACAUAUCUGGUGAUAUAACACUCAUUGGGGUUCUUUGCAAGGUAAGGGCUGAAGGGGGGUACCUAAUCAAGUGGCCUGUUUUCAGCUAUGUUCAUCAAUUACGUCGCCAUGGUUAGACAAAAUGUAAAAUGUAUAAACAGUACACUACCUAUGAGUUGUUAUGACUAAUAUGU